CCUCCUCCACCGUCCUCCCCCAGCUCUGGACCACAGUGACCCCGUAUAAAGGCAGCAGCAGGCCGGACCAUGGACAACGUGCCCCCGAUCAUCAACAUCUCCAUCUCCCUGAAGAUCCAGCCCAACGAGGGGCCCGUCUUCUUCAAGGUGGACGGGACCCGCUUCGGCCAGAGCAGGACCAUCAAACUGCUCACAGGCUCCAAAUACAAGAUCGAGGUGGUGAUGAAGCCCGGAACCGUCGAGGCUACUAACAUGAACAUCGGGGGCAUCAUCUUCCCUCUGGAGCAGCAGUCCAGAGACGAGGAGUCGGUGGUUUACCAUGGCCAGUACGUCACCGACGACGUCCCACACACCAAGAGCGGAGACCGGCAACCCGUCCAAGUCAGCAUCGAGUUCAACAAGGCCGGGACGUUCGAGACGGUCUGGCAGGCCAAAUACUACAACUACUACAAGAGGGAGCACUGCCAGUUCGGCAACAAAUUCACCAGCAUCGACUAUGAAUGCAAGCCCAACGAGACCAGGACCCUGAUGUGGAUCAACAAGGAGGCGUUCAACUGAGCCGUCCUCAGAAACAAACUUGAGAGGAAGCCGGAGGACACAUGAACAUCAGCAUCACAGAAAAGGACAGCCUUAUCAUGCAGGCGAGCGUGGAGUCAGUCAGGGUCUGGGGGUUUGUGUUGUUUUAUAUAAAAAUAGGAGAGGGUCUGGUCUUUAUGGGGGUUUGCUUUAAAUCUGCACUCUGCAAAAGUUUGAAAAAGCUGCACAGAGAGAAGAAAUCAGAGCUCUGAGGAUGUUUUCUAUCUGAGGAGAGGCGAGGGAAAAGAUCUAAGGCUGGAAAAGUGGCGGCUUUCUCCAGAGGGAGCGCUCGCACAUCCGCCUCUGUGCUCCCGAGUCUCUGGCUGUGUGGGCGGGUCUCCUGUCAGCGAUCAAACAUCAGGAGGAGUGGCCUCAAGUGUUGCAGAGUGCAGCUUUGAAAGGGCAUUAAAGGAGCAAUCAGACAUGUUAUGGAAUAGUUUGCCAUCUUAUUUUCAGCUCCAGUGGAGAAAUUUAUGUGAUUAUUGGUGGAAAAGUAACUGAUCUCAGCUCUCUCUAUGUUAAACAGAAGACAGAAUAAAUAAUUAAAGGUGAAUUAAGACGUAGAAUAAAGAGUGUUUAGCAUCAUGACACCAGAAUUCUAACCCUGUUUGAAGCCACUGCAACAAAACCAGAGUCCUGGACACAAACUGUAGGCCGUUUCUUUGGUUUAAAGGUCAAACCUUCUGCAAACUGCUCAAACACACUGGGAAUGUUUCUACGGCAACGCUCCAGUGACAUUCAGACCAGCUGCAGGUUGUUGACAGCAACUUUUUUUUUUUUUUUUUUAAUUUUUAAAAUUUUACUUGCUGUGUAUGAUUUUAUUUAGCAUAAUUUUCAGACUUAAAUUUUUCAGAUUAUUAAAUACAUUUCAAUAUUAGAAGA